AUGCUUGCCCUGCCAGUUGCGCUGCUCGGCGCAAUCGCCGCAGCCAAGGAGCACCUCGACGGACUGCCGGCGUACCAUUACAAUGCGCCAAUCAAGGUCGAGUGUAUGAACCGAAGCUCAGAAACGGGCGAGCACAUUGAGAAGAACGACGAGAUACAAUGGGUCCCCUUCCCCGUGUGCAACGAGACGGGCAAGCCGCUCGAAUUCCACUACGGCUACGAGGGCGAGCUCAACUGCACGCUCGACUUCGUCUCCGACCCCUUCUUCCACCUGCUCGAGUUCUACAUCCACAGCGACGCGCCCAUGUCGUGCCGCCUGCCGGCCAGGCCGCCCGCGCACGUGGAAAUCAUCGGCGAGAAGCCGCCGGUGCAGGAGUACGUGCCGCUGGUGUUUGCGCUGGCGGGCACGCUGCAGAUGAGCCACAUGCACAUCAGCACGCACAUGAACGUCUUGCUGCACAGCAUGCCCAAGCACCACCAGCGGCCGCACGACAGCGGCGUCCUCGACUCGGCCAUUGCCUACAGCACCAGCCCGCUGAGCCACAUGGAGGGCACCGAGACUGCGCGCAUUAUACCCGGGGAGCCGCUGCCGCUCAAGUUCUCCGUGCGGUGGUUCCCCACGCCUGCGCUGCCCAAGACCGAGGGACGCGUCGAGUGGAGGGGCCUCGGGGGCCACAUCUACGCGACCACUGUGUUUUACAGCCUGGUGUCGUUUGGCGCCGGUGUCGUCGUCGCGGGCAUGUAUACUCUUGGCGUGGUGCUGCCGAGAAGGUUGAAGGCGAGGUCCAUGGGCGGCGCCACGCCGUUGGGGUACGGGCUGAGCAGCGGUGGUGUUGGCAACGGCUGGGGAUAUACCAAGAAGGAUUGA